AUGUCUGACGAAGAAAGCGGCUGGAAUUUGACCGAGUCUGAUCCAGGAGUCUUCACUGAACUGCUUAAAACACUAGGCGUGCCGCUUAUCGUUGACGACCUCUACUCGCUCGACCCUGACUCCCUCGCAGCCCUUCAACCCAUUCGUGCUCUGAUAUUCCUGUUUAAAUGGCUACCCCAGUCUGGCACAGAGCCUGACCCGUCCCUGUCCUCCGGCUCAGGCGCGCAGUACGACCCCGACUUCCCCGGCUUCUUCGCGCACCAGGUGGUCAACAACGCAUGCGCCACCUUAGCGGUGAUGAACGCCCUGGGCAACAUCCCCGCCCUGCAGUCCGGCGCGCCGCUGCAGGAGCUGCUCGCGUUCACGGCGGGCAUGGACGCGCAGACGCGCGGGCUGGUGAUCACGUCGUCGGACUGGCUCAGGGAAGCCCACAACGCGCUCACGCCGCCGUCCGCGAUCUCGCUCGACGGGCUCGGGCUGCCGAAGACGAGCGAGGACGCGUACCAUUUCAUCGUGUACAUGCCCGCGAUGGGGUGCGUGUACGAGUUUGACGGGCUGAAGAGGCACCCGAUACGGCAUGGCGCGUAUGAGGAGGGGGGCGAGGGGUGGAUUGCGAAAGCGAGGGAGGUUGUGGAAGCACGGAUAGCGACGUACCCGCCGGGCUCGCUUGAGUUUUCGCUCCUCGCGCUCCGCGACGAUCCAUUACCCUCGCUCCAGGCGCGGCUAAAGGAGCUGCAAGAAGCUGGGCGGGGGAACGACUCCGAGGCCGCCGAGCUCAUCGUCAAGCUCGCGAACGAAAACUCGAAGCGAGAGCGCUGGGCGUUCGAAAAUUCGCUACGGCGGCAUAACCACCUUGGCCUCAUCCACGCGCUGCUGGUCGCGAUGGCGAAGGCGGGCAAGUUGGAGCCUGCACGGGAGGGCGCACGGAAGAAGAUGCAGGAGCGCAUAGCGAGGCGGAAGGAGAAGGGUGAGGCGGGGAUGGAGGUGGACGAUUAG